CCCUCCUUCCCCUCUACCCCCAAGAUUUCUUCAUCUGCCUCGACACACCUUCUGGUGGGCGGGGAUGUGUGGACAAACUGGCUGGCUGGGGACCAUGGUGGCUGGGGAAAUCCACAUGAACCAGGAAGUCAAGAUGCAGGCGGCAGCCUCCAAAGACAAGAGACCGGGGGUCCCGGAAAACAAAGAUGUUGCAGAUGACCCCGCUUAUGAGAAUAUCACCUUGACCUUCAGAAAGCAAGACAAGUCAAAAGGCAGUGAUGUGCUACCCAAGAAUCAAGUCCCAGGCAGAUCCAGAUCACCCCCUGAUGGGGCCAAGGUCCCCCCCUGGCUGUACAGAGCUAUCCUGAGCUUGUAUGUUUUCCUGGCGCUGACUUUCACCUUCUGCAUCAUCCUCUUGGCCUUGGUCCUGGUGAAGAGUGAUAAGCUGUCAGGGCAGCUGCAGAACUUGGAGAGGGAGCUUCAGAAUGCCUCCAGCUCCAUGCAAAACUACCAGGCAAGGCAGCAGCAAAUCUGGAGCAAGGUCCAGGAGAGGCUCAAUGAGACCGAGAAGGACAUCACCAUGGUUCUCAGCAACGUCAGGAAUGAUAUAAAUCACAUCAAGAAUAAAUUACAGAGUAUCUCCAAUUCGCUGCAGAAGUCACAGUCAGGGUCCACAACUCAAUAAAUGAAGACAUCCCACGCCAGGCUGCAGCUUGGAGAGUGGGGUUGCACCUCCAGUAAAGACUGAACACGAGCCCCAGCCUGGCCUGACCCUGUUCUUCAUCCACAGACAGAAAACCGCGUGUGGUGGUGUG